AUGUCAAGUGUGGCCCAACCGCUGCCCCUUCCCCCCGACAAAGAUAUAAUUGUCAUAGAUAUAACUACAAACUAUGUAUAUCAAACUGCAAUUCUUUGCAUCAAAGAUGCAGAGCCCUUGGAUAAGGAAGAGGGAGUCCACUAUAAAGAAGAGGAAAAAGAGGCGGUUGUCACUGGGGUGUUAGAGACAUGGAAGCUGCAUGAUGAGCAGCUUAAAGUGAGAAUGUGUGGGAAGGGUGAUGAACUGAUGCUCACCCAGGUCACUUCCAUGGCUUAUGUCUGGGAGAUUGAUGUCAUCAUUCAGGAAGUGUUGAAGAAGUAUACGUUGUGCCACCACUAUGGCUCCAAGGCUGAUCUGCCUGUAGAAGUCUCCUUGGACAAAUGCGGCUACCCACCAAGUGAAAGAGAAAGUAUAAUUGGAGUAACAAGACCAAGAGGAGGAACCGGGACCAGUUACAUGAAACACCUGAAAAUUGUGUACCGAAGCGCGACGGAUCCGGGAGCCUGCCGUGCACCCCUGCCCGCCCACUUGCACCAUGCAGCUGCCCAUGGGCGCCACCGGCUCCACCGCGCUCGCCCGGGCAAGCCCGUGGCGCAGCUCAGCAUCUACCCGCUCAAGUCGUGCAAGGGGGUGCGGGUGAGCGAGGCCGAGUGCACGCCCCUGGGGCUGCGCAGCAGCCACCUGCUGCACAGGUUCUGGCUGAUGAUCAAGGAAGAUGGACACAUGGUGACAGCCCAGCAGGAGCCGCGCCUGGUGUUGGUCUCCAUCGCGGCUGAGGGUGACCGCCUGGUCCUCAGUGCCCCAGGCAUGGACCCGCUGGUUCUGCCCAGCAAGCUGCCUUCUUCCAACUCCAUUCAGAACUGCAGGAUAUUGGGCCUCGACAUCCAGGGCCGGGACUGCAGCGGUGAGGUGGCUCAGUGGUUUACCAGCUACCCGAAGACGGAAGCCUUCCGGCUGGUCCAGUUCGAAAAGAACAUGAAAGGCAGGAAGGGGAGGGAGAUUCUCCCUGAUAUCAAGGAGAAAUACCAGGUGGCUUACCCAGACUGCAGCCCAGUCAUGGUUCUCUCGGAUGCCUCCCUGGCUGACCUCAACUCCCGGCUGGAGAAGAAGGCCACGAUGGAUAAUUUCUGGCACAACAUCGUGGUGAUGGGGUGUGGCGCCUUCGAGGAGGACACCUGGGAAGGCCUGGUCAUUGGCAGCGUGGAGAUGAGGAAGGUCCUGUCAUGUCCCAGGUGCAUCAUGACCACCAUGGACCCGGACACCGGCGUGAUUGACAGGAAGGAGCCUCUGGAGACCCUGAAGAGCUAGCAGCUGUGUGAUUCCUCUGAGAAGUCCAUAUACAAGUCUUCCCCCCUUUUUGG